UCCUUUUCUUCAUUCUUUCAUCCAAAAACAAACCAACAUGGCAUCAUCAUCAUCAUCCUUAAACUUCCUCAAAAUGUGUCUGUCUUUCCCAAUGUUGUUGUUCUUCCUCUUCUCCAUUUCACCUUCAUUCUCAUCUCCAACUGCAUCAUCCUUGGGAAACUUACAAGCAGAAAAUCUCAUAAGAGGACUUAAUCUUUUUCCAAAAGAUUCCAUUAACACACCACAGAAUGAUCCUCAUAAUGCUCCUGGAAAUAUCGUCGAGAAGAAGUUCACUUUUCCUGGUUUUUCUCAUUCUGGUCUUUCUGUUGAUGAACUCGGUCAUCAUGCAGGGUAUUAUCGUCUUCCUAAUACCAAAGCCGCAAGGAUGUUCUAUUUUUUCUUCGAAUCUCGGAACAAGAAAGACGACCCUGUUGUUAUAUGGUUAACCGGAGGUCCAGGAUGCAGUAGUGAAAUUGCUAUGUUUUAUGAAAAUGGUCCUUUUCAGUUUUCCAAGAACCUGUCCCUUGUUUGGAAUGAAUAUGGAUGGGAUAAGGCAUCAAAUAUUUUAUUUGUAGACCAACCAACUGGAACAGGUUUCAGCUAUACCACCGAUGAUACCGACAUUCGUCACGACGAAGACGGUGUUAGCAAUGAUCUGUACGACUUCUUGCAGGCAUUUUUCAAGGAACAUCCUCAGUUCACUAAGAACGACUUUUAUAUUACCGGAGAAUCGUAUGCUGGACAUUACAUUCCAGCUUUUGCAUCAAGGGUUCACCAAGGAAACAAAGCAAAAGAAGGAAUUCAUAUAAAUCUUAAGGGUUUUGCUAUUGGUAAUGGAUUAACCAAUCCUGAAAUUCAGUACAAGGCAUAUACAGAUUUUGCAUUAGACAACGGAUUAAUUAAUAAAUUUGAACAUGACAGAAUCAAUAAGUUGGUUCCACCAUGUCAAAAAGCUAUAGAGGCUUGUGGGACUAAAGGCGGAGAAGCGUGCAUGACUGCAAGGAGAAUUUGCAGUGGCAUAUUCAAUGACAUCAUGGAAAUCGCCGGCAACAUUAAUUACUAUGACAUUAGAAAACAAUGUGAGGGAAGUCUUUGUUAUGACUUCUCCAAUGUGGAGACAUUCUUGAACAUGGAUACAGUCAGAAAAGCUUUAGGUGUUGGGGACUUGGAAUUUGUUUCUUGUAGUAGCACAGUAUACAGUGCCAUGAUGGAGGAUUGGAUGAAAAAUCUUGAAGUUGGUAUUCCUGCUCUUCUUGAGGAUGGAAUCAAGUUGCUUGUGUAUGCUGGAGAAGAAGAUCUCAUUUGCAAUUGGCUUGGGAAUUCAAGGUGGGUUGAUGCCAUGGAGUGGUCAGGUCAAAAAGAAUUUGAGAAGUCUCCUAUAACACCAUAUUUGGUUGAUAGAAAAGAAUCGGGAAGUCUGAAAACCCAUGGACCUCUUGCUUUCCUCAAGGUGAAAGAGGCUGGUCACAUGGUUCCUAUGGAUCAACCAAAAGCUGCACUUCAGAUGUUACAAGAUUGGAUGCAAGGGAAACUAGUAAGGACAAAGGGAGGAGAUAAUGUUUCUCCUAUAUGAUGCUAUGCACAAAUCCAAAAUCACUUCGAAGUAGUAAACAGAAUAAUGAUUUUUAACUUGUGUACAUUGGAAUGGUGAAUGAAAUAUAAUUGUUCUUUUCUA